CUCGGUGGCGGCGGCCGCGAUCACCAGAAAGAGGACGGGACGGGCGGCACUGGUGAUCAUUGCAACGGCGUGUGCUCCCCUCAGGUGUCUGUCUCCAGGACUUAUGCUCUAGAUGUUUCUUGGUGGCUUGUCUAAAAAAACCUAAGGGGCUGACUACAUGCAAGCCUCAUGCUCAACCCUGGGGAUAUGAAAUGAAUGCGACCAAGCAUUUUAUUCUUGAAGAGUAAACAUUGGUAUCUAUAGAAUACAGGAAUGAGAGGCAAGGAAGAAAGGACAUUCAUCAUAAGAAGAUUUGAAUCACUUGGGAACUUUAAAGAAAUGUAACACCCGCUGCUAAAGUACCUUGGUCACCAGAAUGAGCGAAGUGCUUCAGGGUUAAAUGAUUGAUCAUACUUGGAAGAGCUGCUAUGACAACAUAGGGCGGUGGAAACUGACAGAUGCAAAUGCAAAUCUUGCUAUGCACUGAAGAAACAGCAUUGUCUGUGAAGUUCUAGUUUUAAAAAUGUCUGCUUGUAACACCUUUACUGAACACGUUUGGAAACCUGGCGAAUGCAAGAAUUGCUUUAAACCUAAAAGCUUGCACCAGCUUCCUCCAGACUCUGAGAAGACACCCAUCACCCAUGGCAAUGUGAAAACUAAUGCCAAUCAUAGUAACAACCACCGUGUCAGGAACACCGGGAAUUUCCGGCCCCCUGUGGCUAAAAAACCCACUAUAGCUGUGAAGCCCACUAUGAUGGUGGCAGACGGGCAAAGUGUAUGCGGUGAGCUCAGCAUCCAAGAACACGGUGAGAACAAGCCCGUCCUCUUGGGAUGGAACCAGAACAAGACUUCUUUGAGCCAGAAACCACUUAACAACAAUUCUGAAGGUGAUGCUGAAGGUUUUGGCCGUGCUCCUCAGCAGUGUGGCAAUAAUGACAGCGCCAAGAAGAUCUCCAAUAACAACAACGGACUCACUGAAGUGCUAAAGGAGAUAGCGGGUCUGGACGCAACCCCUCAGAUGAGAGGCAACGAAACAAACUCCAGAGAAACGUUCCUAGGAAGAAUAAAUGAUUGCUACAAACGAUCACUGGAAAGAAAGAUCCCACCAAGUUGCAUGAUAGGGAGCAUAAAGGAUUCUCAGGGCAAGCAUGUUAUUCUGAGUGGGAGCACAGAGGUCAUCAGUAAUGAAGGGGGCAGGUUCUGCUACCCGGAGUUUUCAAGUGGUGAGGAGAGUGAGGAAGAUGUGCUUUUCAGUAACAUGGAAGAGGAGCAUGAGAGCUGGGACGAGAGUGACGAAGAACUGUUAGCCAUGGAGAUUCGCAUGAGAGGGCAACCUCGCUUUGCUAACUUCAGGGCAAACACUCUGUCUCCUGUUCGAUUCUUUGUGAGCAAAAAAUGGAAUACUAUCCCCUUACGUAAUAAGUCUCUGCAGAGAAUCUGUGCUGUAGACUAUGACGACAGCUACGAUGAAAUACUUAAUGGUUAUGAAGAAAAUUCUGGUGUCUCCUAUGGUCAAGGAAGCAUUCAGAGCAUGGUAUCGUCUGAUUCCACAUCGCCAGAUUCCUCUUUUACAGAAGAGUCACGUUCUGAAACAGCCAGCAGUUUAUCCCAGAAGAUGUGUAAUGGAGGGCUAUCUCCUGGUAACCCAGGAGAUUCUAAAGACAUGACAGAAACCGAGUCUAAUUAUGAAAGUCCACCUGGUAAUAAUGAGGAGAAGGACUCACCACUGCCUUCCAAAAGCUCAGCAAAAGUUCCAGAGACACACAAAGCAGUCCUUGCUCUCCGCUUAGAAGAGAAGGAUGGUAAAAUCGCAGUCCAAACUGAGAAGGCCGAGAGCAAAGCCUCUACAGAUAUCGCUGGCCAAGCAGUCACCAUCAGCCUCGUCCCCGCAGAAGAGCAAACAAAGCCCUACCGCGUGGUAAAUCUGGAACAGCCGCUGUGUAAGCCAUACACUGUUGUGGAUGUGUCAGCAGCCAUGGCCAGUGAGCACCUUGGGCGCCCCAAGAUAAAAGGUUCAUCUUCCACUCCAAACUCUCCGGUAGCAUCACCUGCCUUGACACCAGGACAAAUAAAUGCUCAUUUCAAAAAAUCUAGUGCAAUCCGAUACCAGGAAGUGUGGACCUCCAGUACCAGUCCACGACAAAAGAUCCCUAAAAUAGAAUUAACUACUGGGGGAACUGGACCGAAUGUCCCUCCAAGGAAAACCUGCCAUAAAUCAGCACCUACUUCACCCACGGCUACAAACAUUUCCUCCAAGACCAUCCCUGUUAAGUCACCUAAUCUGUCUGAAAUAAAAUUUAAUAGUUACAAUAAUGCUGGGAUGCCACCUUUCCCCAUUAUCAUCCAUGAUGAGCCAUCCUAUGCUCGGAGUUCCAAAAACGCCAUUAAAGUUCCCAUUGUUAUUAAUCCAAAUGCGUAUGACAAUCUCGCCAUCUACAAAAGUUUCCUGGGAACAAGUGGCGAGCUCUCAGUGAAAGAAAAAACCACAAGCGUAAUAAGCCAUACUUAUGAAGAGAUAGAAGCUGACAGCAAAGCGUCUGAUAACACCACCAGCAAGCUCCCAGACUGUCCCCAAGCUAAAGGCUUCUCCAGCAGCACAGAGCGUAAGAGAGGCUCAGUAGCUCAGAAGGUUCAGGAGUUUAACAAUUGUCUCAACAGAAGUCAGUCUUCUCCACAAAGAAGCUAUAGUUCCAGCCACAGCUCCCCAGCAAAAAUCCAGAGACCUAAUCAAGAGCCUGGGGCCAAAACAGAAGGUGUGCAGGGGUCUCAGGGGGCAGGCAGUGUUGGCAGCACCAGGGAGAAAGCAAGCGCCGUGCUUUGUCAGAUUGUGGCUUCUAUCCAGCCCCCCCAGACUCCUCCGGAAGCACCUCAGUCUAGCCCUAAGGCCUGCAGUGUAGAAGAGCUUUAUGCCAUUCCUCCAGAUGCAGAAACUACAAAAAGUAUACCAAAAAAUACACCAGUCCGACCCAAAUCCCUCUUUACGUCUCAGCCUAGUGGGGAAGCUGAGGCACAUCAGACCACAGAAAACCCUACCACCAAAAUUCAGAAAGAUCCAUUCACGAAGCCAGUCACUUCCCCUCCCAACAAAUUAGUGACCAGCGCCCAGAGUGAGCCACCACCUCCCUUUCCGCCACCAAGGUCCACUUCCUCCCCUUACCAUGCAAGUAACCUUUUGCAGAAGCAUUUUACCAAUUGGACCAAGCCAACCAGUCCUACCAGAUCAACAGAAGCUGAAUCAAUUUUGCAUUCUGAAGGCAGCAGGCGAGCAGCUGAUGCAAAACCCAAACGUUGGAUAUCAUUUAAGAGCUUCUUCCGCCGUCGGAAAGCAGAUGAAGAAGAAGAGAAAGAGAAAGAGCGAGAGAAAGGGAAGCUGGUGGGCCUGGAUGGAACAGUCAUCCACAUGCUGCCGCCUCCUCCCGUCCAGCGCCAUCAGUGGUUCACAGAGGCAAAGGGGGAGUCCAGUGAGAAGCCUGCUAUUGUCUUCAUGUACAGGUGUGACCCUGACCAAGGCCAGCUCAGUGUGGAUCAAAGCAAGGCAGGGGCAGAGAAAGGAAGAACAGAGGAUGUGUUACUCCAGUACUCAGAAGAAAAGAAAAGUAGCCAUUCUUCUCCAUCUCAGAAUCCUGACAAAGCUUGCAGUCGCGUGACCCAUGAAGUAGCAGAGGAAUUUUCUCCUCAGGAUCCAAAGACGCUUGUUGUGAAGCAAGAUGGCACUUCAGUCACACCAGCAUUGCCCGCACCUGACCUGGAAAGGGAAGAAGAAAAAGAUGAUACUUCGGAUCCUGUAGACCUAAACUCCUGCAGUGCCACAUAUAGCAACUUAGGACAGUCUAGAGCAGCUAUGAUACCUCCCAAGCAUCCACGGCAUCCCAAGGGAGCUUUGGAUGAUGCCAUUGCCUUUGGAGAGAAGACAGACCAAGAAGUAUUGAAUGCUUCCCAACCCACACCACCCCCACUGCCAAAGAAAAUGAUACGAGCCAAUACAGAGCCAAUCUCCAAAGACCUUCAAAAAACCAUGGAAAGUAGUCUUUGUGUCAUGGCUAACCCCACCUAUGAUAUUGACCCCAACUGGGAUGCCAGCAGUGCUGGGUCUUCUAUUAGCUGUGACCUCAAAGGACUGGACAUUGAGUCUUGUGACUCCCUGGAGAGACCUUUGCACAAAGAGAGACCUGUUCCUUCAGCAGCAAACAGUAUCUCCAGCUUAGCCACUCUCAGUAUUAAGGACAGAUUUUCCAACAGUAUGGAGUCCCUCUCCAGCCGGCGUGGUCUCUCCUGUAGACAGGGUCGAAGCAUCCAGAAGCCACAAAGACAAGCACUUUAUCGAGGACUUGAAAAUCGGGAAGAAGUGGUGGGUAAAAUCCGAAGCCUUCAUACAGAUACCUUGAAGAAACUGGCUGUUAAAUGUGAAGACCUCUUCAUGGCUGGGCAGAAAGACCAACUCCGCUUUGGAGUGGACAGCUGGUCAGAUUUCAGGCUAACCAGUGACAAACCGUGCUGCGAAGCUGGAGAUGCAGUUUACUACACUGCCUCAUAUGCAAAAGAUCCACUCAAUAACUAUGCGGUCAAGAUCUGUAAGAGCAAAGCUCAGGAGUCUCAGCAGUAUUACCAUAGCUUGGCUGUCCGGCAGAGUCUGCCUGUGCAUUUUAACAUCCAGCAGGAUUGUGGCCAUUUCCUUGCUGAAGUCCCUAAUCGUCUGCUUCCCUGGGAGGAUCCUGAUGCUCCUGAAAAGGCAGAGGACGAAACUGAAAACAGUGAGGAAGAGGUGAAAGCAGAAACUGCCGGGGAAAAUCCCCAGCCCUGCUCCGAAACAGAGUCCUCCCAGAAAGAGAGCCACCAGGUCACGCACAGGAAGCAGAGAAGCCACGUUGUAGUCAUCACCAGAGAGGUUCCCCAUCUCACUGUGGCCGACUUUGUGCGAGAUUCUCUGGGCCACCAUGGGAAGAGCCCUGACUUGUAUGAGAGGCAAGUGUGCCUGCUGCUCUUACAGCUGUGCUCUGGCCUCGAGCAUCUCAAGCCCUACCAUGUCACUCACUGUGAUCUGCGCCUGGAGAACUUGUUGCUUGUCCAGCACCAGCCUGGGGGAGGUGCCCAGGGCCUUUUGCCUGCAGACCCUUGCCCUGCCUCAGCUUGUCCCACAAGGCUCAUCGUGAGCAACUUCUCUCAGGCCAAGCAGAAGAGCCAUCUGGUGGAUCCCCAGAUCCUCCGAGACCAGUCCCGCCUUGCCCCAGAGAUCAUCACAGCCACCCAGUAUAAAAAGUGUGAUGAAUUCCAGACAGGCAUCCUCAUCUACGAGAUGCUGCACCUGCCCAACCCUUUUGAUGAGAACCCAGAGCUGAAGGAGAAGGAGUACACACGCACAGAUCUGCCUCGAAUCCCUCUCCGCUCCCCUUAUUCUUGGGGCCUGCAGCAACUCGCUAGCUGCCUCCUAAAUCCCAACCCUUCUGAGCGGAUCCUCAUUUCUGACGCCAAAGGCAUCCUCCAGUGUCUGCUCUGGGGCCCCCGUGAAGAUCUCUUCCAAACCUUCACCACCUCUGCAACCCUGGUGCAGAAGAAUGCUCUGCUACAAAACUGGCUGGACAUCAAGCGGACACUGCUGAUGAUCAAGUUUGCUGAGAAGUCCCUGGACAGAGAGGGGGGCAUCAGCCUCGAGGAUUGGCUUUGUGCUCAGUAUCUGGCUUUUGCCACUACAGACUCCCUGAGUCAGAUUGUAAAAAUCCUGCAACACCGUUAAUGUGGCCUGGACACUGUUCCUACUAUUGAAUAUUUCCACCUUCUUCAUGUUGCCCUCAUGUCUCUGUCCUAGUACUCACUCAGAAUUCAAGGAAAGGACAGAAGGCUAACCUGCUGCUGUCCUUGUCCACAAGCAGAGGGGGCCAUUCAGCAAGGUCAUCCACAGCUUUACACAGUGAGAAGCUGAGUGUCUCCUUACUGUACAGAAAUGCAACUGUGCAGUCACCUUCCUUGGAACAUUUGUCAUCUGGUCCCACAGAUAUGGGGUCAAAAAUGAAAUGUACAUCCAAGAAGGACCAGCUCCAGUGGAGUGAACUCAGUAAGCUGUGUCCACUUCCUCCGUAACUCGGAAGCUCGCCUAUCUUUAUUAGCUAGCAGCACACAUGUCACCAACCUCAGCUGUCAUCCAGUAACGCCCUCCCAGCCGCUUCCUCCUCCUCUACCAUAUCCUCCUCUACCAUAUCAAUAACUGCUUCUUCCCCAGGAGGGCGUGCCAUUUUGCUUCUCGGCUCAGUUUUAGUCACUGGGGACUCAGCCUUUGUCCUGGCGUCCAGGGAAAGGAGAGAUUUCCGUCUGUUGGAUCAUGAGUUGUCCAUUUCCAUUUUUGUUCUUACUAAAUGUGUACCCCGCUCAGAGAGCAAGCUGACAGUCACAACCCCACUGCCACUGCUUGGCUGUCCUUCACCUCAGCUCUGUCCCAGCCUGCUGAAGUUUGGGUUUAUCAUCCACUCUUUGUGACCCGUUAGAGAGCUGACUGAAGGUGAUGUCACCAAUGCCUCAGCAGGACGGAACGCAGGUCAGAGCUUAGGAAUAGUUGGCAGGACAUGAGGAAAUGAUGUCCUUGUGUGUGCAAUUCUCCAGGGGCCCUCAGGGAACAGACUUUCAAGUACUGUUCUUUGAUUACUAUCAGGCCUAUCAGCAUGGCAGCCAGGGUUGGUGGUGCCUGCCUCAGUUUCCCCCACAAGCAGUAAGUGUCCACCUCCCUUCCAUCAGUUGCCAGUAUUAACUACCCUGCCAAAUGCUGUAGACAAUAGCUCUGAACGAAAUGGCUGUCCACUUAGCAUUAAUAUCACCUUAGAAAGCACCUCAGAGCCGGCUGUUGGAAUGGCCAGAAGGCCAGGGAGGAGGGAAAGGUCACUAAGAUGGCUGACCUGCUCCUAAGAAUGUCAGCCUCUUCCGGAAAGACUGCCUUCCAGAGUGAGUGGCACAUUGCUCCUGAGACUUUGCAGUGGACCUGGAGCUCAGCUCACAGGAAGGCUGAUGGCUGCAGUGGAUGGCUGAGAGCUGUUCCCGUGGGACUUGUACUAUCCCAUGAAUUAUGUGCAAUUUUUGUAUGUAUUUUUAAUCUGUAUAUUACAGUGUUUAUGUUGCAACUUGACCUGAGUGAGAACUACAGAAACCUUCCUUUCUUCCCUUGGCACACACUUGCGCUAAGAAGCAAGUAUUCUUUCCACCUGUGUGUGUAUGUAUGUUCAUACACUUGUUUUCUUCAAAACUGUGAGUAUCUGUUUACAUCAACCUCGAAAUCCCAAGAGUCACUUGAAUGGUAAGUGUGUACACACGGGUGCCUGUGUGCAUGCACGUGCUGGAGAUAGAGGCCAGGCCUCCAGGGAAGCAGCCUGUAGUGGGGUUGACAUGUUCUCUGCACCCUGCCAGUGAGGAUCCCCGGGGAGCCCUUAUCUACCAGCACAGAGUCAUCUUAAAGCCAAGACUGAUUGUGCAGUAUUACUUGGGUGGCACCUUAGUGGCCUUGGAAAUUUCUAGACUUUUAACAUUUUUAACAGCCUUUCAUGUGAUUCACCCUUCUCAAAGAGGAUUGAAAAAGGAGAAUGUAUUUUAUUAUGCAUUUUUAAAGAGAAUAAUAUUUGUGAGGUUGCAUAUGGAGGAUGGCCUUGUGUUCCUGGGUAGCACUCUGAACUCCCAGGAAAGAGGGCCAGUUGGCUCGCAGAGAGUCUUGUCUCAUCUGGAUAGCAUGACCGUGGAGUGGGCAGCCAUGAGUCAUGGCUGUAUUGUGCCUAGCAGGCUGGGGUUUGAUUCAUCUUUCAUAGCCCAUGUGCACAUAACUCCCUGCCUAAUUAUGCACUGAACUGGCAGCAUAAAGACCACUGGCCACGUCAGCUGGCACAGUCCUUCACUUCCCACGAUGUUUGCAAAUUGAGACAUACCUUCUCAAUGUCACUCUCAUGGUGCCUUGCCCAUGUAAAUCUGAAUGUUGACUAUUUAAUGAGGUUACAUAUUUAAUGCAGAAUGUUCCCUAGUCCCUCUGUUUGUUCUGUCUAUAGGUAUCUUUUUCCCCCUAUUAUCUUGGGUCCAGCCUUCUUUCACGCUGCGGUAGAACAAGCAUGCGCACUUCCACUACCGCGUCUCACCGCACUGGUAACCGAGCACUCUUCAUUCCACGCGUCUCUUACUGUUCUUGUGUCCACACUAGUGAAGGGCAAAAAUGAAAGCCAGCUAACUAGAGAAGGGCCUCGGGCUUCCCAGGGACAGGUGGCUGUGUUACUUGCCUCUGGGAGAUGGCUGCAGAAUGUGAUGGAGAGAGAAGAGGGUGUCCUGGGUUAGGUCGGAACAGAGACAAGAACUGUAUUCUAGGUAAGGAGUCCAUCAGGUGGUCCUCUGAGCAUUUCUCAAAAUAAUGAAAUUCAGUCAAUGUAACUUUAUCAUAGAGUCUUUAUAUUCCCAUUUUAAUGCAUUCAUCAACUGGAAGGAAACCCUACCCUCUGCAGACACAUACACACAUUUUAUAUAUACAUAUAUUAUGAAUUUUCGAGUAUCACUAGUAUAGCGCUUGAAGUUUUCACAAGUAGUAUCUGUACUGACCGGAUAUUUUUUCUUUUCUAUUAAAAUCUAUGCCCUAAGUUCUUCCAUUAUGUUGAGAGUUUGAACAACUGAGCCCCUAUUGGAGCUUUUCCUUAAGCCACAUGCACACUCUCUCAGCACAUGUGGGUGGUAGAGAAACAGGACUGUGGCUAGAGCAGGCAAGAGUAAAUGUCUCUCAGAGUGCCUUGUUAGUUAGCAUAGUAACCUAACCAUGGGAAGAAGAAUUAUUUCACAGAGGAAAGCCCUCUGGGGGCGUGUACACCCACAUAGUGUGCAAAAGUGCACCAUAAAGGACAGCAGGUAGAUGAGCAAAUGAGCAACAAAACCUGUGAGAGAUGACAUGGGAUUGGUGCAAAUCCCCACCCCAAGGCUGAGCUAGACUGGAGACAGCGAUGGCCAUGGGUUCCAGGAUCUGCUCUCAAGAGAUGGGCUGGAGGAGGUCAUGGGGGAUGUGCACCCGUGCUGCCAGCCUGCUGGUGCUGAGGGCCAGGAAGUGCAUCCUCGAGAACUAGUCAGGGCAGCUUCCCACCGUCAGAGGUGCCAGUUCUGCCUCCGAGCCCAGUGUGUGUUCACGAACAUGGACAUCUAAACCUCUAAGAAGGUUGAUGUUUCUAAGAGUAAAGCCCCUGCUAUCACAAAGUCCCAUGGAAGAUCUUGAUGCCACAGAGUAGUAGGUCAUGGAAGAUUUACACUCAGCUCUCCAAGUUUAAUUUAUCCAGUACUGGAAAAUCACCAGACAUUAGCUGGUGACCUGCAGUCAGGAGUUUCCCAUAGCUUUUACCCAGAGUGAUCUGAAAAGAUUCAGGCUAGUCUCAAAGACUGGGAUGGAGUUUGGAGGCUUCAUUGUAUUUCAAGUAAUUCUGGGGAUAGAAAGCGGACACACACUCGGAAACAGGACAGGAGGGACUCAGCUCCCUGGGCCAACUCCACGGCAUGCUUGUCGUUCCCCUCGCUGGUGGGUAAGGUGAGAUUCGGAUCCAGCCUGAUAAGUGAACAGGACGGCUGCCCAGAAAACUGCAUCAUUAGAUUUACCUCACUGAAGCUCGUCUUCUCAAAGGCCCAGCGUGCUGGACUGAGACAAGUGCUACCCCUGAAGUGUGCACUGCAGUCCAUGCGCCCACACUCACAGCCGUGCAGAGGUGGGACAAAGCCAGUGCCCCAAGGGAACUCAGAAGAGCCAUAAUGCAAGAUCCUAGACAGGUUAUACCAAAGAAGUCAAGCCUUUCAUCCUGCUUCUCAGAUGACGGGGCUGAGCUGUGACAGAUGCCUGAGGAAGGGAAUUGGCAACACAUUCCAUGUUCAGGGUAUUCAACUGCUAAGUCCAUCCUCAAACAAACAAACAAAUGAAAAAGCUCCUAUUCUUUUCAAGCAGUCCAUUUUGUACAUCAGGAGAAAAAAGAAGGUGAUGGUGGGAGCAGGGGAAUGGGAGCAGCCAGAGCAUAGCGAGAUGCUCUGGUAUCUAAGAAGGAACUCUUAACCAGCUUGUAGCCCCGACCUUAAGCCUGGGAACACCUUGUCUGUAAUAUUGAAAGCUUGGGUUUGAGGUGAUUUUUUUUUUCUUUAAAAAAAAAAAAAAAGAAGGUGCUUUCAAAAGGUUUGUCUAAAGAGCUCUUGGGAAAUUUCUUCACACACUGUACCAUUUCAUGAACCUUCCUACGAAGGUGGCUGUCGACAGAACACCAUCAUCUAAUGUGUAUAAGUACCCAGACUGUCCAAGGUGCUAACACAGCUGUCAGACACCACCCUGCAGCUGUUUCCAAGUCGAGACCUCUGCAUCCGCUGCCACUGGAAACGUUGUCCACCUAGAUGGGCCACAGGGGUCCGCAUUCAGAACAUCCUUUAAUACCGUCCCCUCCAAGAGCCUCUCCAUCUGUUCCUGCUCCCCACCCAUCCUCCCAUGGUUUUUUAAAUCAAGAAAGUUUCAGGGAAUCAAAAGAGGUUGGGUUUUGUUUUUGUUUUUUCUAACCCAGCAGAGUUGCAGAGUUCUAUAUUUUACUAUGAAUAGUGUUGUGGUACAGAAAAUCCACUUCGCCCGUUGGCUUGUGGCUACUGUGUGUGUCUGCACUCUUGGUGACUUGAAUGUUGAGCCAGCCCCAUGGCUUCAGUGUAGUGUCGUUGAGAGAUUGAACCACACAGCUUUGGGAAGCCCACUCGGAUUGUUCCUUGCUUACUCCCGUUCCCUCACCAGUUCUAGGGGGUGUUGUGUGUGAACACACUGGGUUGGGUUUUCUGUCCAUGGUGGAGGGCGUUUUGUUGGGAGAAGGACACAGAAGCAAGAUGUCGCCUGCUCAGUGAUUUUGAAUCAUGACGGUCCGUACCUAACCUCUAAUUCUCCGUAGCACUGCCCACACUCUGUAUUGGAACAUCUUGUUUCUCUUCCGCCAGCGCUUUACCCCUCCCCUUACAUAUUUUACAGUUGUAGAAAUCAAUAAAAGGUCCCCUGUGCCACCAGUGGCGCCGCCCUUUGGUUUGCUGUGGUACUUUGCUGUGUACUCUGUGGCCUCACGUUACUGUGUAAAUAAAUUCGGUUUAAUAUACACUAAAAACCAGA